GUAAUCUGCAAUACCAACAGUAAACCGUCAAACAUCUGUCAAGACAGCUGCUCUUUUAUUGUAAAUAUUUGUGUUCUUUUAACAUUUUUACCUGCCAAAAUUACAGUAGUAACAAGAAAUAAAUAAAUAUAUUACGAAGAAAAUUGUUCAAAACGAAUACCUUAAACAAUGGCGGAAAGUAACGAUAGUUGGUUUGGUUCAUGGUUAAACGCCGCUAAAAAUAAGAGUACAGAAGUGUUAGAGUUUGUUAAAAAAGAUUUAGGCGAAUUGGGACAAGCCGUUAAAACAGAAGCAACAAAUAUGGUUUCUUCAACAGGUUCAGUUCUCGAAAAAACAUUAAGGCUUAAUGAACCAGAAUCAACAGCAAAUACAGUCAAGAAAAGUAUUAGCUCAUUUUUAGGUCAAGUCAACGAAGCGCUUAAUCCAAGUCCAGAAGAUGAAGAUACCGAAGCUAUUUUAAUUACAGAUGGAGAUAUGGUACCAUUAACAAAACUGCAGUGCGCUAUAUAUGAUCUUCAAAAGAAAUCUUCAACUUUUCUCACCGAUCCAGAUAGUUCAUUAGAAAAACGUUAUCAAUGUUGGCUUGAAAUAAUAGAUGAUCAACUUACUGAGUAUAAAUUAAAUAAACAUCUUGCAAAUUCAGUAGUGUUAAGUGAACAAUAUAGUAAAUUAGUUCCUGAUCAUGUUUCACAUGAUAUUUUUUGGCAAAGAUAUUUAUUUAAAAAAGCUUUACUAGAAGAUGAUAUAGCUUUACAAGAUGAUAUAGAGAAAAGACGUGAAAUUAAAGGAGAAGAAAUAAUUGAAGUUACCGAUGAAGAUUCUGUUAAAUGGGAACAAGAAGAUUUUGCACAUGAUGUUGAAUUAACGGAAGAAGAACAGAUAAGGUUAUUAGAAGAAUAUGAACAAGAAACAAAAAUGAAAAGGAAAAAUUCUGAUUUAAAAUUAGAAGAAAAGACAUCUCCUAAUAAAGAAAACGAUAAAAAAAUAGAUAAUGAGUCUAUAAUGAGUGUAGUAACGAAUUCAAGUAAUAGUAGCACGGAUGAUGAUUGGGAAAAAAUUGAAAAAUAAAAGAUAAUUUUAAAAAAAACAUCAUUUCGUUUAAAUGAUACGCUAAAAGUGAAAUUAGAUUGUUUUUAUUGUCUUUAUUUAGAGAUCAGUUUAUAGAUUUAUAUUUAUUUGUUGUUUUAUUUUCAUUUAUUAUGGUUAAAAUUUUGUAUUUAUCUUUAAAUUGGUUUGUUUUGUUUUAAAAUAUUUGACUUAUUAACUCUUUGACAAUACAAAUUUGUUAUUUCUUAAUAAUUUAAGAAAUCAUAUUGACGUGUAUUUAUGAAUCUUACUCAAUUCUAUUUGAGCAUAUAGUUAUAACCUAAAAUCUGACUUCCGUUAGUAAUUUCUAUAGUGUACUUCUAUGUUUAACUUAAAAAUUUGAUGUAAUUUUCCAUAUUUGUUGUCUGUUUUUUAACAUAUUGAUAAAUGUCUUUUGCAAAUAAGAUUCAUUAUAUUCCUGUAUAUGCAAAUAUAACUUCAAACUCAUCUAAAGCUUUUUACAAAAUAGAUUCUUUUAAGCUGAUCAUUUCUUACAUUAUAAGAAACAAGUUUGUGUGUUAAAGGGUUCAAUUAAAAAAGCACUUGUUUAAAUCACUUUUUUUCUUAAAUUGCUUUAGUUUUAAGCCAUAAUUCACAAGAAAAGUAGCUGCGAUCGCUUAAUGUUUAUAUAGUAUUAAUCUUCUACAGUAAAAAAACUGACGAAUUUUAAAAUUUUUUUCUAAUUUAAUUAUUAUGAAUUUACAAUCUUUAAAUUUUUUUAUACUUAGUCUUAAAAGAACCGUUAUUGUGCAUUUUUAAAAUAUAUACAUAUUUUAUAGUUACAAAUAAAUAUUUUAAAAGUAUUA